AGUCGAAACAAUUAAAGAUCGACCUAUCUAUAUCGAUCAAAUCUCGCGUGAAAUAAGCACCUGACGAGAUUUCUGUUCGAGAGCAUUUGAGUCUAUUUUUGGAUCAACUUUUUCUGUGAGGCAAACAAGCAAGAAGGAAGCUUCAAGAUUUUUUAUGAGUCAGAAGGUAGAAAAACCCUCUCUAUCAGGCCACCGUCUGAAAACUAGGAAAAGGGAUGAAAAGGAGAAAUACGAUCCUUCAUCUUUCCGUGAUGCAAUUAUUCAAGGACUGACAGAAACAGAUAAUGAUCUAGAUCAGGUUGCAAAAUAUUUGGACUUGCAGGGCGGGAAGCUUGACUUCCGUCGAUACGCUGAUGUGUUAUUUGACAUCUUGUUUGCUGGUGGACAGCUAGCCCCUGGUGGAUCAAUCAUUGAAGACUCUAGUGAUACAGAAAAACUCUUCAGAACAAAAGUCUGUGUUUUCCAAACUGAAGACGACAAAUUGAGAGACUUCUUUGAGGUGUUUCACAAACUAUUGAGACGUUACAAGUAUCUGGAGCGAUCCUUUGAGGAUGCCCUUAAGAAGAUCCUGUAUUUUAUGAAAGGAUUCAAAGAUGACGAGAAACGCAAACUUGCUAUCAUCACAGGGAUGUUAUUGGGGAACUCCUUUUGUUCUGCCAAAGUACUCUCAAGUUUAUUUGAAGAGCAUCUGGUUAAAGAUGGAGUCUCUUUGGAUUUCGCCAUCGUGAUGUUCAAAUCCUGGCUUGCAGAGAAGGAUAUGAACAGCAUAAUUACAGCUCUCAAGAAAGCUCAGCUUGAAAACAAGCUCCUGGAAUUGUUCCCUGCCAACAAGAGAGACCAGGAUGUUUUUGUUGCUCAUUUUAAAAAAAUCGGCUUGGCUCCCAUAGCAGAUUUUCAGGAAGCACAGAGAAAUUUUCAAGUCAAGGUUGAGUUGAAGAAACAUUUGACUGAAAUGAUGAAAGAUGAGGAUCCCCCAAAAGAGAUGGUUGCCUAUGUACUGGAACAUAUGCAGAAGCAUAAUCUCAAAGAACAAGAAGUAACAAUUUUGGUUUGGAACACCAUCAUGGCAUCCGUGGAGUGGAACAAGAAGGAGGAACUGGUGGCUGAGCAGGCUCUGAAGCAUCUACGGAUGUACAGCCCUCUGGUAGCAGCGGUGGCCAAAUCCGGCAAAGCCGAGCUCUCACUCCUGGUCAAAAUACAGGAAUAUUGCUAUGACAAUAUGAACUUCAUGAAGUCAUUUCAGAAGAUUGUUGUCAUGCUGUACAAAACUGAGGUACUUCGAGAAGAAGUAAUAUUGAAGUGGUUUAAAGAUGGACAUUCUACUAAAGGAAAGAGUGUGUUUUUAGAACAGAUGAAGAAGUUUGUGGAGUGGCUGGAAAAUGCCUCAGAAGAAUCUGAAGAUGAAGAAGACUAACCCUUGUGCGGUAUUCAGGGAGACAUUUCUAGCUCCAUUCUUGCAGCUGUCUGUGCAGGCUGUCCCUCUCACCCCAUAGACAGGUGCUUGUUCAUUGGAAUCUGCAUAGCCUUGGUCAUCAUUUAAACAUGCAGGACACUUUAACAGCAGCAAUGAAAAAGCAAAAUUUCAAUUGCCACGCUCAUUAGAUUUUUAUAUGUUGUACAAGUAUUGUUUAAGAGGAAGGCAACUAUAAACUGAUUAUUUUCAUGUAUAGAUUUGUGGAAUUUAUUUAAUAUUGAAUCAAAUAUUGAUAUUGAUUAUUUAGACUUAGUUUUUUUUUAUUUCCCUCCCCCCAACUUUUUACCCUGAAGAAUAUCAUCCGUACUUUGUCAUGAUGUACUUUUUUUGUACAUGUACAUGUAUGUUGAUUUAUUGUAGCAAUAAACUUUCUUUUGAAAGUGAUUAUAUGACAUGUAAAUGCUUUUAAAGCAAAUCAAAUGAAGUACUCUCUUUGUAUUACAUAUUCAUCAAUAAAAUGCAGGUUUCUUGUACAAA